AUGUCUGCAUCCCGUCGUGGAUUGUCAUAUGGCUAUCAGCAAACCGAAGGUCUUUCUGGUGCUGAAUAUUUGGCUUCAAUUUACGGUACAGAAAAAGAUAAAGUCAACUGCUCUUUCUAUUUCAAGAUUGGUGCAUGUCGGCACGGUGACAAAUGUUCACGCACACAUCAUAGGCCAACAUUUUCUCCGACUAUUCUUCUUCAAAAUUUCUACCAUAAUCCAAUCGUAGAUGUUCGUCAAGCAGAUGCAUUUGAUAAAGUGGGAAAACGAAAUGCCGAAGAGCAAGCUUAUUUUGAUGAAUUUUAUGAAGAGGUUUUUACUGAAUUAGAACGUAAAUACGGAGAGAUUGAUGAAAUGAAUGUGUGCGAGAAUAUUGGCGAACAUAUGAUUGGAAAUGUUUAUGUUAAAUUUAUGCGUGAAGAGGAUGCCGAAAAAGCAGUUAAAGAUCUAGAAAAUCGAUGGUUCAAUGGACAGCCAAUAUAUGUAGAACUUUCACCUGUAACAGAUUUUCGCGAAUCACGUUGUCGACAGCAUGAGGUAACUACGUGCUAUAAAGGAGGCUUUUGUAAUUUUAUGCAUCUUAAAGCAGUUAGCCCUGAACUUGGAGAAAGGCUGUUUGGAAGAAGAGGUCGUUAUGCAGAUGAAGCGGGCCAUUAUUCCAGUCGCCGACCUGAUCGGAAUCGUCGUGAUCGUUCACCAAGAGAUAGACGCCGUGAUGAAUGGCGCGAUCAUAAAGAAAAACGCUAUUAA